UCACUAUAGUUUGUCAUAGUUAUGUUUUAUUCAUUUGAAGGAUUGUAUGUAAAUAUGACAAUGCGUUGAGCAGAUAUCAAAGUUCAAAAGAAGAACCUCCCUGAGGGAACGCUCCUCUUUAUGAACGCUGCUUCCUCCCGACCGUCUUCACUGCAGCAACACGUGAAGAAGAAGAAGAAGAAGAAGAAGAAGAAGAAGAAGAAGAAGAAGAAGAAGAAGAAGAAGAAGAAGAACUCACCUUUCUACCAGACAGGAACAAUCCAACAUCAAAGAUCAGUGAUGGCGAAGCUGUGGCUGAUGGCCGUGCUGCUGCUGUUGUCUGCGUCUGUUGGGAGUUCUAUGUACCGUCCCGAAAAUCAGGCUCGUUUUAAAAGACCAGACGAGACCCAAAUUGCACAAAUCGUCAAUGACCUCUGGAACAGAUUCCAAACUAUAUGGAAAAACUAUCCAAGGAGAUACCCCAUGUUCAGUCUGGCUGUGAAGAUCCCGUACAACGACAAGAUGCAACAGUACGACGUCAGCGGAGUCAAGGACAAAGCCGAGAAUGUGUGGGGAACGAUAAUGGGAUGUGACGUCUACGCGAGCAAGACGAUGGUCGCUGCCACGGUUUUGAAGUGGGACAAUGUUCUGAAUCAGUGUCCUAAUGCACUGGUACCAUGGCAGGAUGUUCUAAAUCAAUGUCCAAAAAAAAGGAUGACGUGGGCCCAGGUCAACAAAGAAUGCAGUCAUGCAGUUACAGUUGGGAGAGCCGAUCACGCAGAGUACCGCGUUCUGAACAACUUCAACACCUUGACGGAGAAUCUCAACAGAAAUGAUUUCUUGCUUUUCUACGUUCUUACUUCCCCGUGUGAUCAGAAAUGUUUAUCCAAAAGCAGUCCCUUUAAUAUUUUAGAGAGCAUUGAGGUGAUUAAGAAGUGGACAAACUACGCUGUUGUGUUUUCUAAAGUGUUUGCGCCUAAAGAAGGAGAUCCGGUUCCCGUGGAGAACCUCAAAGGAGCCCUUAAGCUGCUCGGGAAAAAGGUCGAGCUGCAGAACAUCCUCCGGUGUGACGGCUCGGUUCCGUGCACGAGUUGCUCCAGCGGCAAUAAUGUCAUCACGCCCUUCUGUUACGACAUCAACGAACCAAAACCCGCUGCCAGAGACAACCCGCCGUCCACUUCAGUCAAUGUGCCUCCGGGUGGCAAAGCAAACCCCCCCUCAAAGACGGGUCAAAAGAAGAAGAACAACAACAACAAUGAGAAUCCGGGCGGUUCUACUAACGUUGAUGAGGAAGGAUGGCAGGAUGCUGGUAAGCGCCGUGGCUGAUGACACCUGAUGAAGGUUCCCUCCUCACAAAGGUUCCUCCAGCUGCGUCAUGGAGGCCUCUAGUAACCAGUGCAAGCGCACAACUUUAAUGCUUUGUGAGACACACAGGGGGUUUUAAUGUGGUUUCAGACUACAGAUAGAAAGUGAGUGUGAUGUAAACGAAGCUCAGUGUUUACUCGUGUCCCUCCCUCCCUGAAGUGUUGUUGAAUCCUCUGGUCUUCUGCUCUUUCUGAUUAAAGCUCGGCUCAGCAUCA